AUGAAAAGUAGUCAUCAUGGUGAUCGAUUGCAUCCAUAUAGCAAUAUCAUCAUAUCUACUUUUCAACCUCAUCGAUCAUUUGUAUUAACAAAAUAUCGAUAUAAACAACCAGAUAUUAAUGCUCGAAAUUAUUAUGAUUUAUUGGGUAUAGAACGAACAGCUACACAAAAAGAAAUACGUAAAGCAUUUCUUAAGUUAUCGAAAGAGUAUCAUCCCGAUUCUAAUGCAGCUGAUAAAUCUCUUCAUGAAAAAUUUGUAAAAAUUAAUGAAGCUUUCAGUAUCCUUAGUAAACAAUCAACACGUACUACCUAUGAUCAAACUCUUAGUUCUUCAUCUACUUCUCGGUAUCAGCCUUAUUCACAACGAUAUUCAUCUCCACCUCGUCCACAACAAGCACAUGGUUCUCCAUUUGAUUGGACAUAUACAAACAUCCAUAAUCGAAGUGCCUAUCAACAAAAAUGGAAUACAAAUGAAUCAGACUGGGGAACACCACAUUAUGAUAAAACAUUUUUUGAUAUGCUUCGUCGAAAAAUGGAAGAAGAUCGAAAACGUGCAAAUUAUUAUUCACAUAAUCAAUCACCAACAAUGGGAAUGGUUAAUACUUAUUUUGCUCCGUUUUCUAUUAUUUCAUUUCUUAUUGGAUUUGGUAUUUUAAUUCAUGCAAUUCAAUGGCGUAUUGCAAAAUAUUCUGAUCCGUCGUUUGCUAUCGAUCCACGAAGUCGUAGUUAUCAUGCUUAUCGUGAAUGGCAACGUUUAAGUUCACUUAAAGAUGCUGAAUCAAUACCUAUGCGUGAUAGUUCAAAACGACGAGAUGAAGAAAAAUAA